AUGUCUGUGCAUGGGAUUAGUGCAUUGAAUGAAGCGGAGGUGAAGAUUAUCAAGGAUCUUUCACAAAGUCAUGUGCCGCCUAAGAAGAUUUUGGCUAACUUUAGACAAAAUGGCUUGGGUCUCGAUGUUUAUUUGAAACAAAUAUACAAUGAAAAGGCGAAAUUGAGAAGAUUAGCUAGGGGUGACCGUACAAUGAUGCAACAUUUGAUUGGGUUGCUUGAGGAGCAUAACUAUUACAAGUGGUUCCGUACAGAUGAAACGACACAUGCAGUUAUUGAUUUGAUAUGGGCUCACCCUCUAUCAGUCGAAUUGUUAAGUAAGUUUCCGUACGUUAUACUACUUGAGAUUGUUGGAGAUUGCCUUUGUUGGAGAUUGCUGAAGAGACUUUUCCCCCCACAUACUCUACCUAGUGCACUUGUGACUGAUUGCGAGUUAGGGCUCUUAAAGGCGAUAGAGAAUGUAUUUCCGACUGUGCCUCAUCUAUUAUGUCUUUGGCACAUUAACAUGAAUAAAAUUUUGGACCGGAAUUACAGAGUUUUAGUGGACGAUUACGCGAAUCAUCCACAGUUGAUUGAGUACCUCCAAGACACUUGGCUGAUAUACAAAGAGAAAAUUGUAAAAGCAUGGACGGAUCUAGUUUUUCAUCUGGGCAAUACAUCGACAAGCAGAAACCAUAAAGCAUUGAAGAGAUGGUUGGAUUCGUCCACAGGUGGCUUUGACAUAUUUUGGGCACAGUAUCACACACAGAUUGCAGAUCAACUUAACGUGAUUCUGGCCGAAUUUGCGAAGUCAAAGGGGAUUUGGGCCCAGACGAUUAAUGUGCUCGUAUUUAAAAUAUUGUCCAGUGGAAUUGUAACACAUUCUGCACAGAAGAUGUUGGACGAUGAGAAGGAAUAA